GACUAUUUAAAUAACACAUGAGGUAUGGUAUGAAAAGGAACGACAAGUUCGUAUUGGAUCCCAUCUCUGACUGUCACUCCCUAUAAGACGAGUCUAUUGCUACCAAUGGUAAGGUAUGACUGAUCGGUGUCUGCAACCAAUGAGAAGAAGGAAUUGACUGCUCGUCUACUUUACGAUUAAUCAGUGAUCUCAAGGAUCACCAAAUAUUUGAUGUCUUAUUAGUUUGAGUUUCACUUCUGAAAAGUGUGUGACGAGUGCUGUGACUCCGCAAUAGUCACCAUAAGUGAUGCCAACAGACAUAUCACUGAUCCAUAGAGACAUCCAAACUGUUUGAUAACAUUUUGAAAACUUAUAAAUGAAGUGCAACUCAAUUAUCCAGUGAUUGCUAUUUAAUAUAUAAUUAUUAUAAUGCAAACCAAUACUAUUGAAGGAACUGUAGUCCGUGAGGGCCGAUGGAUACCGAAGCCACUGUUUAUACCACCAACCAAUCUCCGAAAGUGUGGAAGUCUCGAGUCAGACCAGUCAACGCCACAGGACUCGCCGUUAGAUCUGUCCAUCAAAAGUCCCCGAAGUUUGGGCGACCGAUUCAUAAGCAUAAUCACCGAAAGUCUCACCUCAACGACUGCCACUUCAACUAACAUUCCCUUAUCUCCAGUCAACCUCUCAAGUAGUUGUGAAACACCAAGUGAUACAUCCAGUCCUCCAACACUUGUCUCAUCACAUCAUUACAGUCACCCGCACUCACUGUCAUUACUACCAAUAAGUAAGAGAACAUUCUUUAGUAUGCCUUCACUGUCUCCCCGACCUCAUCAUCAAAGUCCGACCAUUAAGUUUGAGCCGAGCAGUGUUCCGACUGCGGCCACCGCACCAUUCCCUCGAUCACCGAUCGGUAGCGCAAGUUCUCCGCCAACACCUCACACACCAACUCAUAAUUUAGAGAUCCCGACGACAAUCGGUGCCAAACAAUCACAAGAAUUUUUAGUUAAAAUAACGAGCGCUGACACCACUCCUGCAACAGACGUUGCUUACGUGUGUCCGAUUUGUGGCCAAAUGUUUUCAUUGCACGAUCGACUGGCUAAACAUAUGGCCAGUCGCCACCGCAGCCGCCAAAAUGAGGCCACAGCUAAAUCAUACGUUUGCGAUGUUUGCAAGCGAUCUUUUGCCAGAAGCGAUAUGUUGACCAGACAUAUGCGAUUACACACUGGUAUCAAACCAUACACGUGCCGCGUCUGCGGACAAGUUUUCUCACGAAGCGAUCACUUAAGUACUCACCAGAGGACACAUACCGGCGAAAAACCAUAUAAAUGUCCGCAGUGUCCGUACGCCGCUUGUCGUAGGGAUAUGAUUACCAGACAUAUGAGGACUCACGCCAGGUAUGAGCUGCCGGACAGUAGUUCAAGUUUUGAAGACAUCACUGACUCAACACAUUCACUGUCACAGCGUUCAAAACUUGUGACUAAAGAAGAGAUGACAUCUAUGCUCAACAAGAAAGCCAUUUGGCGUCCAAUUUGACCAAACAUUUGCUAACAAUUGUUGUUAAUUUCAAUUAUAUUUUUCUAACAAAAAGUUAACGUAAUCUAUAAUUUUUAAUUUAUAAAUAUUUCA